AGGCCACAGUCACAGGGAAUGGGUGGAGGUGACUUUCCACUUACUUCAUUCAUCGCAUUAAACUGUGUUAGCUCCAACAUGUGGACAAUCUACAGCACCAGAAACACUCGGAAAAUAUAACAACAACUGGGCCAAGGAAGACUACACUCUGUGGACUAGAAGUACUGCUGCUGGAGCCUCAGUAUGGAGGAGUCAGUGCUGGUCCGCUGUGACAGCCUGGACACAGCGUCUCUGAAUGGGAGGGACUUGAUGACUUCUGUUGAACACCUGACGUACCACGCUGAGGCCCUUGACCCUCCUCUGGGCCCCGAGCCGACCCCCGCGGAGCUUGCCCAGUGUGAGGCCGAGGUGGGCACCCUCCUCAGCAUCAUCGCCGAGCUCAACAAGAAGAUGGGCUCGCUCAAAGCUCCAAGUGAUCCUGGUGAACUGAGACCAUCAGCUGCAUCCAGGCCUUUGGUUCCAGAUCUUUUAUCUCACAGAGUCAAAAACACAGAGAGGAAAAUACCUGGGGAGACUGCUCUAUCUAAACCUACGAUGAUGGACAGAGGGGGCGGUGGUGUUGUAUGGUCCAAACUUCAGGAUGUGCUGUCUUCUGUGGAGGACUCAAUCAGCUUCAGGAGGUCCUGGGCUGCUCCGAUCGCUGCAGUCGACCUGAACAAACACAAGGAGCAUCUCAGGGCCGCCCACGAGAGCUCUGCCAAAGCCAGACAGAUUCUGGAGGACAUGGAGAGGGAGUUUGGCAUUUCUUGCACCACAAUUUUCCAGGACGAGGUUUCUGAUGUGGACAAGCACGACUUCGCCUUUCAAAGCCAACAUGGGGAGCUAGACAGAGCACACAGCAUCAGCCUGGUGGACGAAGACAGAGACAAGUUGGUGAACUUUCACAGAGGCUGGAGGUCUGGGCGACACUCCCCGUCCUACAGGCCCAGUGCAAUGUCAGGCCCUGAGUCAGUGAGUCUGGACUGGGCCUCUCCUCCAUACCCCAGCUCUCCUCUGCUCCAGCGCAGGACUAGCCGAGGGCUGGCCCCUCUGUGUGGGCCUGGGGACAUGUCUCCACUGGGCUCUGGGAACUCCAACAGUCCAUGUACCAGCCCCAUAGGUCCAGAAAUGGAGAGUGAAAGACUCAACAGGCUUAUUGAGUAUCUGAAGAGCAGAAACGAGCGUCUGUCUCUGGCCUUAGAGCGGAGGAAAAGUGAAGCGGAGCACAUGAGCCUCACGCUGAACAGACUGGAGUCGGACUGUUCUGCUCAACAGCUGGCCCUCAGAUACUGCGAGGAGUGUGAGGAGGCCUACGCAGAGCUGCUGUCACUUUACGAGGUUAAGACUCACCAAAGCAUUCCUGACGGGACGGCCGCAGCAGAAGAAGCUGGCGACGCUCCAAAUGAUCUGCUCGACACGGAGGAGCUGUCCACGUCUUUCUCAGCUGCAGGGGACGCUGUUGAGGAGAUCCAAAUACAGAGGACACCUGAGGAGGACCGCGAGGUUUCUCUGCGUCAGCACAUACAGCAUUUGAAGAGGGAGCGUGCAGCCAUUUGCCUCCCCAAACCAGGGCCAGGAGCAGCGGAGUGCAAGAUGAUCCCUGACAGCGGCCCAACCCAGGGGUCACGAACCGGACACGGCAGUAAAGACAGGCCCAAUGACACCAAGAAGGAGAAGGCUUCCCUCUUCUAUGAGCUCAUCUCUGUCAGGGACGAGAUGUCCGAUCUGCGUGCUCUGAUUCGCCUUAAAGAAAAGGAGCUGCGUUGUAUUGAGUGGAGUCUAAUGGCCCAAAAAGCACAGGACACAGCUGGAGCCUUCAUCCCAGAGAGAGAGGAGCCAGAGGAGCGCAAGACCCAACAACAGAGGCUGUGUGAGGCGGCAGCUAAACUGGGCUCUGAGGGGGACCUCUCCAGACCCAUCCUGAAGGAGCUGCAGGCCGUCCUUCACAGGGAAAAGGCCUUGAAGAAAAGACUGGCUUUAGUUCAGGAUUCAAUGAACAUGGCUCUACCAGAUAACAACCCUCAGAGGAGAGACAGCGGAGAGAUCGCACGGCUCACCCAGGCUCACAGUAAAGCUCUGAGCUCAUACCGUCAGAUCCGGAGGAAGUACCGGGAGCAUGUGUGGAGACUGGAGCAGAAGGUGGCGGCCAUGAUGGAGACCCAGCAGCAGCAGCAGCAGCAGAGCACAUCAUCACAGAGUGCAGCCAGUGCGAAUUCAAAAACUGCUAUUGCACCUACAGAGAGUGCGGACUGGAGGAGAGAGGAGACGGUGUUAUAAAUAUAGUGAUUAUAGGAUAUGUCACGAUGUAAUACUUACUUAGGGACAACUACUACUUUGGAACACUUCUUGGUAUUUCAUAUAAGCUACUUAACAUAACUUAAAGAAGACAUAUUAUGUUUUUGUCUGCUAUAUAACACCCGUUAUAUAAUUGAUGACACCCAUAGAUCAUUAUGUUAUAUUUUGAAGUUGCUUUAUUCAUGUAAAACUACUUCGCCUCACCUAUGAAUAGUUUAUGGUGGGGAGUUGUGGAUUUUCAAAAA